AUGUCUUCGAAUGGUACCGGAAGUUAUGACGACAAUAUUGGAACAUUCUGGUUUGGAAAAUGUGAAAUUAAAUUUCCGCACUGGACAGACAAUAACCACAACCCCAUACUAAAUUUAGUAGACAGAUUUACCGAUAUUUGGCCGUUGGUGACAGGUGGAAUAAUAAGUUAUUUAUCUCUUCUACUAAUCACAAAUUAUAUUUGGUCUCCAAAGAAAGAAAGGCUCCAAUCAACAGAUAAACUGUUCGUUAAGCCAUUGUAUUGUGGAUUGUUAUUGGACCAGUCGUUCAUGUUGAAUAGAAGGCGAACCGACGAGGAAUAUAAAACCACGAUAGAAUCGAAUAAGCCUUCGAGGGUUCCUAUCCCUGACUGGACGGAAAACCCAGAAUACAAUCCUAACGAAGACUGGUCAGUUUUACGUAAAGAAAGCACUCCAAUGAUAUACAUGUGUGCUACAAUGUGGCAUGAAACACAAAACGAAAUGACACAGGUUCUCAAGUCUAUUUGCAGAAUGGACGAGGAUCAAUGUGCUAGACGGAAUCUUCAGCUUUACUUUGGAAUCCGAGACCCAGAUUAUUAUGAAUUUGAAGCACAUAUCUUCUUUGAUGACGCCUUUGAGUCGCACGCUGAGGGCCAAUAUGAAUAUAGAGUCAACAGCUAUGUGAAGAUGUUGGUUGAUUGUAUCGACGUCGCUGCUACAGCUGUUCACAAUGUUAUUACCAAAAUCAAGCCACCAACAAAGAUACCAACGCCGUAUGGAGGUAAGCUGGAGUGGAAAUUGCCAGGUGGAAACAAAAUAAUUGCACAUUUGAAGGACAAACAGAAAAUUCGUCAUAAAAAAAGGUGGAGCCAGGUCAUGUACAUGUACUAUUUCCUCGGACACAAACUAAUGAACUUAAAGAAAAGCAAAAAAGCCAAAGAAAUAAUUGCACAGAAUACAUUUAUCCUGGCUCUGGAUGGAGAUGUGGAUUUUCAACCGUCUGCAGUACAGCUUCUUGUUGAUCGAAUGAAAAAAAAUCUCAACGUGGGAGCAGCCUGUGGACGGAUUCAUCCGAUAGGUGCAGGUCCGAUGAUUUGGUACCAAAAAUUCGAAUAUGCCGUAAGUCAUUGGCUACAGAAAGCAGCAGAGAAUAUGAUUGGAUGUGUGUUAUGCAGUCCCGGAUGUUUUAGUUUGUUCAGAGGUUUUUCAUUGAUGGACGACAAUGUCAUGGCUAAAUAUACAAAAUUACCAACCGAAGCGUAUCAGCAUGUUCAGUAUGAUCAAGGUGAAGACAGAUGGCUGUGUACACUUUUGCUCCAGCAAGGAUAUAAAGUUGAAUAUGUAGCAGCGUCUGACGCUUUGACCUUUGCACCGGAAGGAUUUUACGAGUUUUACAAUCAACGUCGUCGUUGGUCUCCAUCAACAAUGGCAAACAUCAUAGAUCUCUUGAUGGAUUGGAAGAAUGUCACAGAAAAAAAUGACGAUAUAUCACUUUUGUGUGUUGGAUAUCAGAUGCUUUUGCUUGCCUCAUCUCUCCUCACACCUGGAACUAUAUUGCUUAUGGUCUUAGGUGCAUUGUAUACAGCAUUUCCUGCAAUUCAACCCUGGACGGCAUUUGUCAUCAAUCUGGUACCUGUUGUUAUCAUGGUAGUUCUUUGUUUUGUUUCCAAGAAAGAGGUUCAGCUUAGUUAUGCCGCGAUAUUGUCUACAGUUUACGCUCUUCUGAUGAUGAUUGUGAUAGUUGGACUCCUUAAAGAAACUGUGGAAGCUAAAUGGUGUUCUGUUACAACGUUUUUCUUGGUGUUUGUCGCUUCGGCCUUUGUGAUAUCAGCGUUAUUGCAUCCACAGGAAGUAUGGUGUUUAUCGCAUGGCCUUUUGUAUUUCUUGGCAAUCCCGUCUAUGUCCAUGUUAAUGAUGAUAUACGCAUUGGGAAACCUAGACGAUAUUUCUUGGGGAACAAGAGAUACCGGAACGGCAGCUGGAACACCAGCGAGCUUACCACAAAAUCGGACUAGAUUGGAUGAUAUUCGCAGCUGGGUUAUGGGCCCUCAAACUACUGAUAAAAAGACAUCCGAUUAUCAGUUCUCGUUCGGAAAUUUAUUCAGAUGUAUGUGUUGUCCCCAGUCUGGAACUGAAACAGAAGAUACAAGACUUCGGGCAAUUAUCGAAAAACUUGAUGACAUGGAUACCAGAAUAACAUCAUUCAGUCAACGCAGCGUGACAUCAUUCAAACAAAAUGACACAAAAGAAGAUAUCACUCCCUUUUCUCGCCAACCAGGAGCUUCCGAAGGAGCAGGGGAAGUAAUCAACAAUCCUCUGUUGGCAAGGCAAGAGCAACGAGAAAAGCCUAGAGAUGAACUGGUUUGUCCAUUCUGGAUAGAGGACCCUGAUGUUCGAUAUGGUGAUAUUGAGUAUAUGACUACGAAUGAAGUAAACUUUUGGGAAAAAUUUAUUGAAAAAUAUCUGAAACCAUUGGAUAUGUCAAACGAAGUUAAAAAGAAGAUCAAACAAGAUUUGCGAGAACUUAGGAACAAAGUUUGUUUGGCAUUUCUUCUAAUGAAUGCACUCUUCGUGACAAUAGUUUACACGUUGACGGAAGUAAACAAACAAGAGCUGGGGUCAUUGUCUAUUUCAUUGAAAUGUGACAAUGGGAAGGAAAAGAAUGAAAAAGGGUAUGGUCAGGGUUAUAUUGAGCCUAUUUCAUUCGCUUUUACUGCUGUGUUUGGCAUAAUGUUGUUAGUACAAUUUGUUUGCAUGCUGUUUCAUCGUUAUUCCACACUUUUACACGUCAUUGCCUCGCCUUCAGCAGAAAUAAAUUUCAAAAAGAAACUGCUAGGUAAUAUCUUCGUAUCUGAUGAGGAAGAUACAGAUAAAGAAAUAAAAGUAAUUGAGGGCUUGAAACUAGUGAGAGAAUUUCAAAGUAAUAAGCAAGAAACGGAAUCUGACACCUCUUCCGUGAGGUCAUUUGCAACAGACAUAACAGAAAACGAAUCUGAAUAUGGGGACGAUUCGAUAAGGAUCUAG